CGUUGGGGUUAUCCUCACUUGAAUAUUUAAACCAUGGCAUUUUGUAGUUUGUACUCAUCGUCCCUGUUACUGCUACUAGUAUUAGUCCUGAAAAUCUCAGCUUCGGCCGGGUUAUCCUCUAGUUUUUACGCGACAACUUGUCCAAAAGCUAUUUCCACCAUCAGAACCGUUGUGGGCGACGCCGUAGCCAAGGAGCAUCGCAUGGGGGCGUCGCUUCUCCGUCUUCAUUUCCAUGAUUGCUUCGUCAAUGGAUGUGACGGUUCAGUACUUCUGGAUGACACUUCAAGUUUCACGGGAGAAAAGACGGCCGGUGCAAAUGUGAACUCUUUGAGGGGAUUCGAAGUGAUCGAUACCAUUAAAACUCAGCUUGAGAGCAUCUGCCCCGGGGUCGUUUCUUGCGCCGACAUUCUUGCUGUUGCUGCUAGGGAUUCUGUCUCAGCUUUGGGAGGUCCGACUUGGGGGGUUCAAUUAGGAAGGAGAGACUCAAUUACAGCAAGUCUUGCGGCUGCAAAUUCCAACUCUAACAUCCCAUCCCCAGCCAUGGAUCUUAGUGACAUUUUAACUGUCUUUACCAACAAGGGUUUCACUGCUAAAGAAAUGGUUGCACUUUUAGGAUCUCACACAAUAGGGCAAGCCAGAUGCUUAACUUUCCGCAACAGAAUCUACAACGAAUCCCUAAUCGAUUCGUCGUUCGCGACGACCCUCAAAACCGAUUGUCCACUCUCACUCGGACUUGGUGACGAUAACCUUACAGCACUUGACUCAAACAGCCCGAGUUUCUUCGACAACAGUUAUUACAAGAACCUGGUCAAGAACAAAGGCCUCUUACAUUCUGAUCAGCAACUCUUCAGCGGCGGGUCAACGGAUUCCCAAGUUUCCACUUAUGGAAAUAACUUCGUGACCUUCUUCGUGGAUUUCGCUAAUGCUAUGGUCAAAAUGGGAAAUCUUGGCGUCCUUAAUGGAACAAGUGGCCAGAUCAGAACCAAUUGCAGGAAAGUCAAUUGAGGGUUUUGGCCUUCUUCUGUUGUUAUCUUGCAUUUGAAGUGUACCUAUUUGCACUAUUUAAAUAAACUGCUGUCUUUUUAGUAGACAGACAAAACUAGUUUGUAAUUUGUUUGGGUUUGUGAAUGGCAC